AGCAGGGAAUCACUUCAUUCUGGCUUGUUGCCAUUAUGGACACUGAAACUGGGAAACAGAAAUACCUCUCGACUGAUAUUUGUAAAACCUUGUGUCUGUUCUUUAAUCGUCUGGAUUUCCUUUAUUUUCUUUUUUUCCAUUUAUUUCCUCAUACCUCCACCUGUCUUCUCUUGGGGUAGAUCUGCUUAGGUGUGUUUGAGGGGCCCUGAGAAAGGUCUUGAGGAUGAUAGAGUUGAAUGUAGUUUGGUUGUGGCUCAACAGAGGGAGCAGAGGAGCAGAGAGAGGAGCGAGGGAAAGAACGUGUCUGGUUAAGUAAGUGUUGUGGGCGCGCCCCCGGAGGAGGCGGGGCCGGCCGGGGGUGGCUGCCUCCAGCUGCUCCACCCUCACUUUGUCAGCAGGUAGAGAGCGUGAUUGCAGUCCCAGGGGAGGGAGUCAGAGCUAGAACACCAAUUACAAACCACAGGCUUCCUGCUCCAGGGAGUCGAUCCAGAAUUAUCUCUCUGGAAGGGAAGCGCUGGAAUCCUUCCGAACUUUCCAAGUCCACCCAUGAUUCAGGGACACUGCCUUCUCCCCCUGGGAUUCUCUGUGUUUCUGGUGACUUGCUGCUGAUGUGUUUGCUACUUUGUUUUUUCACUCUUUUCAAGAUUUGAUCAUUCCAUUUGCUGUUGUAAGAGAAAAAGGACUUUUGUUAGGAGAUUUCAGAAAUGAGUUUGGAUCUUCUCUAAGUGUUUUUAGGAUCCUUGGGAACAGUAGCUCUCAUCCUGGAGUCAGUUUCUGCCUCUGACCUGCUUGGAUUAUUUUUUCAGGCUGCGGAAUUUCUCGGCACCUACCUGUAGCGCUGGGCAGUUGGUGUGGUUGCAGAGUAAGAAGGUGGAAGAAUGAGCUGUACCUGGUUAAGCAGUUGAAUCCUUUUUUGAGCAGGAUCUGUAAAAGCAUAAUUGAAUUUGUUUCACCCCCGUGGAUUCCAGUGGGCCGAGACAGCACAACAGGUUUGCAGAUUUCUUUUGAAAUUCUUUCUUCCCUCCUCCCUCUGCCUCAGCAAAAGAAAAGAAUCUCUAAAGCAGGUUCAUGUUCAACUGCUUAGCUUCCCAGCACUUAUUCUGAAGACUUUAUAAUACUUUUAAACUUGACCUCAGAGUGCAGUGGGCUUUGUGGGUGAAGUGCAUUUAUAUUUACUUAUGGGUGAACAUUUAAAAAUCUCACUCUGUAUUUGUACAAAGACCUGAAUUUGUGUAUGUGCCUGAAAAUCACACUGAUCUACUCUCCUUGGGCUUAUUAGUAUUUUUUGAAGGUGUUCUAUCUACUUGGAGCCUGUGACUAAUCACCUCCCUACUGUCCCUAUCUUUUAUUCCCUAUUCCCUCAAGGAAUUUGAAAACAUGUUAGGAAUAGUCCUUUGUUUUUCUUAUGAACCUAGAAAAUUACAGAUUAUGAGAUCUGGAUAUUAAAGUAGUUGCCAAAGGCAUCUCAGGGGAAAUCAGAGUGCUUGGCAUUCUCAAACUGGAGAAUAAAAUCUGGGAUCCCUAAGUGAAAAAAGAAAAUGGAGAUAGAAAUAUAAAUUUUAACUGGGAAAAAUAAUUGGAAAGCUAACCUUUUCACAUCUUUUAAUUAUGGUAGCUGGAAAAGAUUGUGAUGCUCAAAAUUAUCCUGUAAUAUGUGAAGAUAAGUAAAUUAGUACCUAAUUUAUAGACAGCUUUUGGUAAAACAAAAUAAUUGAAGUCUGUCCAGCUAUAUAAAUUAAUAGGCCUAGAGUUUUGACUACACCUGAAAUACAGUUUAAUGUGGAAAUUUUUCUGGAUAUAUGUUGUAUCCUCAUUGGACAUCUUUCAAGGUGUGGCCUGAAAUUUUAUUAUUAUUCCCUUUCUUCCAUUUAAAAAAAAAAUCUUGUGGUCUUCAGUCAUUUACCACUGACAACUUUCGUGGCUUAAAAAGGACCAUCUCUUCACGUUCUGAGCUCCAGCUCUUCACUCUCACCUUGGAUGCACGGCUUUAGCUGUUUGCUUUGCCUUGUUUUGUUCAUGAACACUGGGUUCAGUGCCUCAGCGACCUGAUGCAUAUGGAAGACCAACACAAAUGAUCUGACAUAACCAAGCUUCCCGAUGUGACAUUCAAUCUCGAGCAGAGUUGAAAUUCUAAAGAGAAGUGGUGAUACCUUUCCCAGUCAGAGUGAAGAUGGGAGAGAAUGACAUACCUGCCGCAGAAGUGGGCUGAAAACACCCUCUUCUCUGCCCAAUCAGAAAUGCCACCUGCUCUUGGGAAUACACUUUAGAGGAAGGAAGGGCUAAAACUACAACCUGGUUUUCUGAAACUGAAGCGUAAAUUUCUUUUCUUCCAUUUAUCCGGAUACGAGAACCUGCAUUUGGUAUUAGCUAAAGGAAGCAGUAUGUAUGACCGAAGUGCAUUGCGGCAGCUGGUAGCAUGAGUGGUGGCCACCAACUGCAGCUGGUUGCCCUCUGGCCCUGGCUGCUGAUGGCUACCCUCCAGGCAGGCUUUGGACGUACAGGACUGGUACUGGCAGCAGCGGUGGAGUCUGAGAGAUCAGCAGAGCAGAAAGCUAUUAUCAGAGUGAUCCCCUUGAAAAUGGACCCUACAGGAAAACUGAAUCUCACUUUGGAAGGUGUGUUUGCUGGUGUUGCUGAAAUAACUCCAGCAGAAGGAAAAUUGAUGCAGUCCCACCCCCUGUACCUGUGCAAUGCCAGUGAUGACGACAAUCUGGAGCCUGGAUUCAUCAGCAUCGUCAAGCUGGAGAGCCCCCGCCGGGCCCCCCGCCCCUGCCUGUCACUGGCCAGCAAGGCCCGGAUGGCAGGUGAGCGAGGAGCCAGUGCUGUCCUCUUUGACAUCACCGAGGACCGAGCUGCUGCUGAGCAGCUGCAGCAGCCGCUGGGGCUGACUUGGCCGGUGGUGUUGAUCUGGGGUCACGAUGCCGAGAAGCUGAUGGAGUUUGUGUACAAGAACCAGAAGGCCCACGUGAGGAUUGAGCUGAAGGAGCCCCCGGCCUGGCCAGACUACGAUGUGUGGAUCCUCCUGACGGUGGUGGGCACCAUCUUUGUGGUCAUCCUGGCCUCAGUGCUGCGGAUCCGGUGCCGCCCCCGCCACAGCAGGCCGGAUCCCCUUCAACAGCGAACAGCCUGGGCCAUCAGCCAGCUGGCCACCAGGAGGUACCGGGCCAGCUGCAAGAGGGCCCGGGCCGAGUGGCCAGACGCCAGUAGCAGCUGCAGCUCAGCCCCGGUGUGUGCCAUCUGCCUGGAGGAGUUCUCUGAGGGACAGGAGCUACGAGUCAUUUCCUGCCUCCAUGAAUUCCACCGUACGUGCGUGGACCCCUGGCUGCAUCAGCACCGGACUUGCCCCCUCUGCAUGUUCAACAUCGUAGAGGGAGAUUCAUUUUCCCAGUCCCUGGGACCCUCUCGAUCUUACCAGGAACCGGGCCGGAGACUCCACCUCAUUCGCCAGCAUCCCGGCCAUGCCCACUACCACCUCCCUGCUGCCUACCUGUUGGGCCCUUCCCGGAGUGCAGGGGCUCGGCCCCCACGACCUCGUCCCUGUCUUCCAUCGCAGGAGCCAGGCACGGGCCCUCGGCACCAACAUCCCCGGGCUCCAGGCGAACAGCAGUGCCCGACAGGGGCCCAGCACCCCUACACACAGGGCUGGGGGCCGAGCCGCCUCCGAUGUAGCUCACAGCACCCCACUGCUGGCCCAGGGCCCCUGCGCCGGGCCAGGCCUCAUGACAGCAGUGGGUCUGGAGAAAGCAACUGCACCGAAUGUAGUGGCUACCUGGCAGAUGGGCCGGCCAGUGACUCCAGCUCGGGGCCCUGUCACGGCUCAUCCAGUGACUCAGUGGUCAACUGCACGGACGUCAGCCUGCAGGGCAUCCACGGGAGCAGCUCCACCUUCCGCAGCUCCCUGAGCAGUGACUUUGACCCCCUGGUGUACUGCAGCCCUGAAGCGCAUCCCCAUGGGGAGGAGGUGCAGCCCGGCGUGACCUCCCGGCCCCGUUCCUUGGACUCGGUGGUGCCCACAGGGGAGACCCAGGUCUCCAGCCACGUCCACUACCACCGCCACCGGCACCACCACUACAAAAAGCGGUUCCAGUGGCAUGGCAGGAAGCUUGGGCCAGAAACUGGGGCACCCCAGUCCAGGCCUGCAGUCCCUCGGACACAGCCCCAGCCAGAGCCGCCGUCUCCCGAUCCGCAAGUCACCAGGUCCAACCCAGCAGCCCCUUCAGGACAGCUCCCCAACUCACAGCGGUCCAAGGCCCUCCUGGAGCCAGCCCCCGGCCCUGUAGAAGCCUCCAGCCACAGCCCCAGCCUCAGCAGUCUUUAUGACUUGCAGAAAUCCAGCCUCCCUGGCCGGCACCCACAGCGGAGACGGCGGGGCUGCCCCUCGGAGCCUCCACCAGCCUCUCGGGCCCAGGACUUGACUGUGCACCCAGCUUGCCAGAUGUUCCCCCCUUUCAACCCCAGCCUGGCAUACCCUUGGCCCCCAGAGGCCCACCCACUGAUCUUCAGACCUCCAGCCCUGGACCGGAGGCUGCUACCGGAAGCCCCAGGCCCCUGUUACUCAAGUUCACAGCCAGUGUGGUUGUGUCUGACUCCACGCCGGCUCCUAGGACCGCACCCACCUGGGGAGGGGCCUUCUGAGUGGAGUUCUGACACCCCAGGGGGCAGGCCAUGCCCUUACCCACACUGCCAGGUGCUGCCAGCCCAGCCUGGCGCAGAGGAGGAGCUGGAGGAGCUGUGUGAACAGGCUGUGUGAGACGAGCAAGCCUAGCUCCACCCAAGAGUGUGCUCUGCAUGACUCGGGGGGCCCUACCUGGCUGGAUCCUGUUCCUGAGAGAAGAACGGACCUCAGCAAACACCCCUCUUGGCCAUAGUUCCUGGAGCCACUGGAAGAAGAAUGGCAAUGGUGGAUGGCAGGAGGCGCUGUUUCCUGCUCCCAGCUCCACACCUUGUUUGCAGAACACAUCUCCAGUGCAGCAAGUCUGUGUCCCGCCAGGCAACCAGCUGCUGCCUGUGUGCACGUGGGGGCUGGAUCCCUUGAAGGCCCCUUUUCAGAGGGCCAGAGCUAGUUAUGGGUAGCCAGGCAUUCCGUUACAAAGGUGCUGCUCCAUUCCCCAGCCCUCCCGACUCUCCCUUGCCCCAGGCCUCACGUUCACAGCGGCAGGCGGGUUCAGCUGAGUGCUUGACCCCGUCCCAUCUCCUCCCUGGGGUGAGCAGCAUUGGUGCAGCAGCAUUGGUGCUGCCCAGUGAAGCUGCAGAAUCAGCUCCAUCACUCUCCUCCUCUGCAAAAGGACCCGGAGUAGCGAGGGGCUCUGCAGCUUCUCCAGGCACUGCCUUCCUUCCAGGCGUCUUGUCCUUCGGUUGUCAGACGCACAGUGUGAAGUCAGAGAGGAGGCUCUGGGAAGCCAGGCUGUAGAGUUCUGUCCCUGGAGUGGGCCAAGCACGUUGAAGAACCCACGAUGGAACCUGCCGUCUCCAGACGCCUUUGUCAGUCCAGCAGCCCCAGUUCCUCUGGGGACUGGGGUGGGGGGGGGCAUCGUGGGGAGGGAGUAACUCCUCCUGAAAGGGCUCCUGUCUGCACGUCUCACGUCUCUCAGCAGAUGGACAGGAGGGAAUUUCUCCCAGACUUCCUCCGAGAAGAGGGAGGAUGGACUGAAGGUAGAGGCGGGAGGAUUACAGCUGAGCAGGGACAGCAAAGAAUUCUCUGGGACAAGUUUUGUCUUGGAGCAAGGAUGAGGAUCAGGGGAGAACAAAGGAAAAGCAAAGUGUAACUCUUGGGUUUGGAGGGCCCAGAGGCCUGCCUCCCCAGUAGAAGCCAUACACGAGCCAGGGACCCACAGAAAGGGUGCACACGAGUGGGCAUGGAGCAAGCAAGUCUGGCCUGGGCAGCCCGUGCCGAGUGGGCAAGGGCCAAGGGGCCUCCUUAGGGCGACAUUCAGCCCCAGGGCAUCCUGUUGCGGGCCCCUCAGGCAUUAUCCCAUUUGGAAUGUGAAUGUGGGGGGCAAAGUGGGCACAGGACCCCUUUCUUCCCUCACAGUGAGUGGGAAGACAGCAGCUAAGCACCCACAUGGGUAUUUAUAUCUGAACCAGACAGAAAGAUGCUUGAAUCAGGCAACUAUGUUGAGAAAUGUAUUUAUUUGCUAAUAUAUUUAUCCAUAAAUGCAA